CAGAAAAAGCAACUUGGAGUUGGGGGUUAAUUUUGUCUAUCAUCAUAUCGGCUUAUCCUCUUUCUCUCUCUGUCUCUCUCAAUCAAUUCAGAGCUCUCUGAUUUCGAUCCAUCUUUUUCCUUUAUUGCCGUCUUCUGUCUCUGAUAGAUGAUAAGAUUUUUUAGAUUAACAUAACAAAGAAAGAGGAGGAAGCUAGAGAGAGAUCUGAGUGAUGGAUGGUUCUCAUUAUUCUUCGAGAAGAUUGGACUCAAAGGUUUCGAAACAAGUUAAACUAGUAGAAACACAGGAAUCCAAAAGAAGGAAGGUUGUUGAGAAGACGGUGGUGGCAGUGAAGAUAGAAGCAAAUGAUGAUGAUGAUGGGAAACACAAGAAUGAAGGAGCACCUUCUGAUUGUUGGUCUUGGAGGAAAUAUGGACAAAAACCCAUCAAGGGAUCUCCUUAUCCAAGGGGUUAUUACAGGUGCAGCACAUCUAAGGGUUGUUCAGCCAAGAAACAAGUAGAAAGAUGCAAAACAGAUGCUUCAAUGCUCAUAAUCACUUACACCUCUACCCAUAAUCACCCAGGGCCGUCUCAUCUUCCCACCACCACCACCAGUACCAAUUCCCUGACUCAAAAAACAAAGAAAACCCACCACAUAGAAAACCUUCCCACAACCCCAAAAGGAGGAGGAGAAGAAGAACAAGUUGUGUUGCAAGAGCAAGAGCAAGAGCAACCACCCCCAGUGGCCGCUGAUGAUGAACACAUGACCAGAAAAGAUAAAGAAGAUGAUUUCUACUACUCCCAAUAUUCCCCAUUCAAUAGCUCCCAUGACAUCACAAUCAAUUACCAAAAAGAAAACCCAUUUACAGAUGCAAAACUAGAGCACACCAUCUAUUAUGAUUCACCAAGUAUUCUCUUUCAAGAUGAACAGCCCCUCUCUUAUCCUCAUCUCAUGACUUUCUCAACACUACCCAAAUCCGAUGAAAAUAAUGACUUCUUUGAUGAGCUUGAAGAACUACCCUGCACAUCUUCAUCUUUCACAAGCUUCCUCAGGACCAAUUUCUUUGAUGAAAGAAUUCUUGUCUACCCUUCUUGAUUAAAUUUUUAAGUAUUAAUCUCAGUGCUAGCUAGUAGGCCAACAUGUACUUUUAAAUGUACAUAUAUAUAUAUAUAUACAUAGCUGGUAUUUCCUUGGUA